ACAAUGAUGUGUUGCAGAGGGAAUGUAUCUCCGUCCACAUCGGCCAGGCGGGCGUGCAGAUCGGCAAUGCCUGCUGGGAGCUGUACUGCCUGGAGCACGGCAUCCAGCCCGAUGGCCAGAUGCCUUCCGAUAAGACCAUCGGCGGAGGUGACGAUAGCUUCAACACCUUCUUCAGCGAGACAGGCUCGGGCAAGCACGUCCCACGAGCUGUCUUCGUUGACCUUGAGCCCACCGUCGUCGAUGAAGUAAGGACCGGAACAUAUCGCCAGCUGUUCCACCCCGAGCAGCUGAUCACUGGCAAGGAAGAUGCAGCCAACAACUACGCCCGAGGACACUACACCAUCGGGAAGGAGAUCGUUGACAUCGUGCUGGACCGUAUACGUAAACUAAGCGACCAAUGUACAGGCCUUCAAGGGUUUUUGGUGUUCCACUCCUUCGGCGGAGGAACCGGCUCUGGGUUCACCUCUCUACUUAUGGAGAGGCUCUCUGUAGACUACGGAAAGAAGAGCAAGCUGGAAUUUUCAAUCUAUCCAGCUCCUCAGGUAUCCACUGCCGUGGUGGAACCCUAUAACUCGAUCCUCACGACCCACACCACUCUGGAACACUCUGACUGCGCUUUCAUGGUAGACAACGAGGCCAUCUACGACAUCUGCCGGCGUAACCUGGACAUCGAGCGACCCACCUACACCAACCUCAAUCGUCUGAUCGGCCAGAUAGUCUCCUCCAUCACCGCAUCCCUGCGCUUCGACGGCGCUCUUAACGUUGAUCUCACGGAGUUUCAGACAAAUCUGGUACCUUAUCCUCGCAUCCACUUCCCUCUGGCCACCUACGCACCAGUCAUCUCUGCAGAGAAGGCCUACCACGAACAAAUGACCGUUGCGGAGAUCACCAAUGCUUGCUUCGAGCCGGCAAACCAGAUGGUGAAGUGUGACCCUCGCCAUGGGAAGUACAUGGCCUGCUGUAUGCUUUACAGAGGUGAUGUUGUACCGAAGGACGUAAAUGCAGCUAUAGCUACGAUCAAGACCAAGAGAUCAAUUCAAUUCGUCGACUGGUGCCCUACUGGCUUCAAGGUGGGUAUUAACUACCAGCCUCCCACCGUGGUUCCUGGGGGCGACCUGGCCAAGGUACAGCGAGCCGUCUGCAUGUUGUCCAACACUACCGCUAUCGCCGAGGCCUGGGCACGCCUGGAUCACAAGUUCGACCUGAUGUACGCCAAGCGUGCCUUCGUCCACUGGUACGUCGGAGAGGGUAUGGAGGAGGGAGAGUUCAGCGAGGCCCGGGAGGAUCUGGCAGCUCUGGAGAAGGAUUAUGAGGAGGUUGGAGUGGAUUCCACUGAGGGUGAAGUCGAAGAUGGUGACGAGUACUAAUUUAUACUUAAUUUGUUUUAUUAAUAUUUAAUGUAGAACGGCUUUAAUAAAGACAACGACAACUUGUUUUGGGGAAGAUGCGGACGAUUUGUGUACUAUAUAAGUUAAGAGUUAUUUCGUUUUUUAUUAAGAAUAUAUUAUCUUAUUGUAAAUAACGGUAUUAAGACAAUGAAGCCCUAUCUAACUACCCUCCCUAGAGUAGUAUUUGUUACUCAAGACUUGGAUAUUUAUAUUUUUUAGAUGUAGUAAAAUGUACUAUCAUUAACGAAUCACAAUCUAAAUUUCAUUUUAUUUUUAUUACGUUGUUUUAUCUUAAUAGGGUCUACUUAAUGUGAUUAUUUUUUAGUAUUAUUUAUUUUUCUAUUAUAUUUUUUCUUAUACUUGGAGACUUGAAAUCUUGUGCAAGAUUGUUUUUUAUUUAAUUUUUUACACACAUAAGUCAAAACUGGAAUAGCUGCAUUUAAUUAAUGCCGUAUCUACUAAAUUUUACUUCAAUUUAUUUUCCAAACAACAUUGUAUUGUUAAAACAAUUAUACCAUAGGUUGAUAUUAAUACAUUUAAAAUAUUUUAAUAUUAUCAAUUAAAAAUCUAUACUUUGAAAAUGUCUAAACUUCUUUAUGCGGUCUUAAUUGUUAAAUAUGUGUAGGUUAGUAUUUGCUUAUAUUGUUAAUUUAGAUUGUGAUUUACACACAUUUCCAUUAUCCACUACUGUUUGCUUAUUAUUGUAUCGUGAGACAAUUUUUAUAUCAGCUUACACCAAAUGUUAUUGUUAGAUUAUUAAAAUAAUUAUGUCGUUUUCAUAGUUAAUGCUUGGUUGUAAUAUUGAUAUUAAGACUAAUUUUAUAACUUUUAACAAUUAAGGUUUCUUUACAACGAUGUUUAUUGUAAUGUUAUUUAUUUAAUUGCACUGAGAAGCAUAGUGUGAUCUAUUUCAUAUGUACUCUACAGUACUGUGUUAAGUACUCUAUGUACUUAAUGUACUCAGUAGAGAUACUGUUGCCUUGUAAUCAUACUGCCUUAAUAAAAUGGUAAGCAAUAUUA